AUGUCUUCAAAAUGGGAUAAAUGGAGCCGUAUGGGGCUUGACGUCGCGUCGACGACGACAAUGUUGGGCUUCUCCGCCGCCAAAGCGGGUACAAAGCUCGGCUUCUCUAUCACACGGGGCGUCGCGUCAACUGCUGUAGGCUUGACUGGGACCGUGGUCGACCGUGCUCUCUUCGGCGGCAGCAUUGGGGCCGGUGAAAUAUUAGGCGGUGCGGUCUCUACAGCAAUAUCUGCAAUCGAGUCGCUUGCUCUCGCACCGAUCCUUUUUGGAGAAUCUCUUACUUCUACCUCUCUGAUCGCUGCGCAUUCUACACUGUCUUCGCUCACGACUAUAUUCCCUGGCAGUGACGAGGCUAGUUUUUCGCUGGCUAGUUUUGUCCAGCUAGUUCGGAGGGAAUGGUCUGAGCCUGCGGAUAGAGAUGGACUACCGGAGGAGCGAUACGGAGUGGUCAAGAUAGCGAAGGCUCUCAUGGGCUGGGCGACAUUGCAAGGCGUCACCAGCGAGUAUCAGGAACGGCGAUGGUUCCAGGUGUUGCGGGAGAUUCCCGUUCAUGACGAAGUGCAAACGCGACGGAACUCUGUAGACACUCCUGAGCGCCCCAGAGAACGCAAGAUAUCUGAAGUUCGCGUAAUGUCCGACGUGGUCUAUCCAAGUCACGGUGGCCAAAUCGUGACAGCAGAUAUUGGGGAAGCACCCACGUCUACUCCAAGCAACUCGCCGCUCGCAGGCUCGAGGACGUAUUCCGCGGACCUUUCUAAUACACACCAAAUGAAAGCGACCAAGCAAACUCUUCGACGUUUGUCGAAACUCGUUCUAGGCGGCUACGGUGGACCAAGCCUCCUCUUCUUCGGUGUAUCCCCUUGGCCUGAGUCCGGGCUAGGAUCUGGCGUCACCGAGAAGAAGCAGGAAGAGCUCAAACUCGAACAUGCAGUGAACGCAUCGGAGGAGGAAGUCAAGGACAGACAUCACAAGGUGACCGUUGAUGAAACACAGUCAGUCCCCGGCAAACCGUCAUACUCGUGGUGGAGCGUCCUCCUAGGACGACAUGAUCAUGAAAUUUUCAUGAAUUACGCCAAAUCACACCCGCAUACCCCGGAUGACUCUUCGCAGGGAGCUUCGGCCAGUGGUGGGUCCGAGUCUCUGCCCUCCGUGCGACCACCGACUGCCUUUGUUGGGUCCGAGAACAUGAUGCCUCGCUUCUGGGUGCUGACCGACCACGUCCGCCGUGAAGUCGUGCUUGUCAUCCGCGGAACGAUGAGCCUGAACGAAGUCGCAGUCGAUCUAACCUGCGAACCAACACCGUUCGAGCUCCACUCCUUUCCUCCCUCGCCAACGCGAGCCAAGCGCACAGGCAAAGGGCGAAUGGCGGAUCUGGCAGAGGAAGAUGCGGACGUCUGGAGCGAGUUUGACGAGGAAUUGGAGAGCAUCCCUGGGUCGUUUCCGAUCGACAUCUCAACGCCUCCGCCAAAGACGAAACCCCGACAGGAAUUUCCUAGCUCAUCCUUGGGAGACGAGACGCACAAACCCCGUGAACGGAAAGACUCUGAAACCACCACUUAUCUUGUGCAUGGCGGCAUACUCAAGAUGGCGAGGGCGAUGGGCGCUCCCGGGAAGCCUGUGCAUGUUGCAGUUCGGGAUGCGCUCAAACGGAAUCGUGGCUACUCGCUUGUCCUAUGCGGUCACAGUCUCGGGGCAGGCGUCGCAGCCCUUCUUGCACUAAUGUGGGCAAACCCAUACACCCGUCUCACACAUCAAUACUCCGGACUCCCCCGGCGGCGUAUGGUAUCGGCGUACUGCCUAGCCCCUCCUUGCUUGACUACUCCUGCUCUCGGAAAGAUAGCGGCCGACUCUGGGCUGAUCGUGUCUUUCGUUUACUCGACCGACAUCAUUUCUCGCCUUUCGCUCGGGAGUGUGCGAGACCUCACACGGUGUGCAGCCUGGCUGUGCAAAGCAGAGGAUGAACAUGGCGAAGGCUACUCGAAGGUCACGAAGCGCGCGCUGAGGUGGAAAGCCGGGUACGGGAAGGAGGGAUACGAGGAGUGGUUCCUCGCUAUGCGCAAGACGCUGGAAGCCAACAUGCACAUGACGCAGUUGUUCCCUCCGGGGCGCGUCCUCUGGGCGAUGCGCGACGGCGACCUACAUCCCGCUCACCGUCUCCGCGACGCUGAAGGGCAGCCCACGAAGGGCGGGGACAAGGUGCGGCUAUUUGAGGUCCUCGACGUGCCGCGGGCCUUCGACCAGGUCGUCUUCGCGGGAGACAUGCUCAGCUCGCAUAUGCCGCACCAAUAUGAUCGAGCGCUGCAUGAGUUGCUUUGA